CAACAAUAUUUUAUUUUUACAAUUUUCCAUAUGUCAAAAUCAAAUAAAUUUCUUUAGUCUAUUAUAGAAUUGGAUUUGAGAAUUAAAGUUAUUUCUCUAACAUGGAAGCUAAGGAAGAGACGUAUUUCCAGUCCUGCAAGAACAUCAUGCGAACUCUUUUGUCAAAGAAAUACAAGAACCUAAACUGGAUAUUUAAAGACCCCCUGGAACCGACUACUCUUGGACUAGAUGAUUAUAAAAAAAUUGUGAAGUAUCCUCUGGACCUGGGGACUAUUUCAAGACGUCUCCAUGUAAAAUAUUAUUUAAACCCAUUUCACUUUGUCACUGAUGUGCGCAGAGUCUUCGAAAAUACCUAUUUGUAUACCACUCCUGAUCAUUUAUGCUAUGUGAUGGCUCAAAAGCUGGAGACCAUUUUUGAGGACUUGGUUGCAAAGUGCGAUGCCAACGACGAAGGAGCGGAAAGUAAUGUCGAUAGCGGAGACGACGAGAUUAUCGGUGACGAGUAUGAGAAUAAAGAUGUGGACAACGAAAAUAAAGAUGAAAGCGAAAGCAAAGGCGAAGAUGACCGCAACGAACAAGAAAAUAUCUCUAAUGGUGGAGACACUAGCCAAUACAUUAUAGUUAACAGAAAUGAGGACAUGAACAACGCACUUGAAGACAAAAGACAACACUGGAAGAACUAUGGAUAUCUGAGUAGCGCUGUUGACAAUGGUAAUGAGAUCAGUCAAUAUGGAAAUAGGUUUGAAACGGACAACGAAUAUCAAAAUACGAACUACGAAUAUGAGAACAAUGCCGAUGAGAAUCGUGUGGAGGACUAUGGGAAUGCCUUUGAAAUGGACAACAAAGAAUCGGUAAAAGGUGAAGGCGUUGUCGCUUUUAAGAAUUACAGUCAAUAUUGGGAAAGGAACGAAUAUCAAAAUAACAACGAAUAUCAGUAUAACGCUUUUAACAAUGUUGAUAUGGAUAACCGAUAUGGGAAUGACUUUGAAACGGACAUCAAUGAAAGGAUUGAAGAUAAAGGCGCAGUCGAAGACAUGAACUGCGCUAAUGAGAAUAGCAGUCAAAACUGGGUCAAUAACGAAUAUCAAUAUAACAACAAUCAAUAUGUGAGUAACGCUGUUUAUAAUGGUGAGGCGUACAGCCAAUAUGGGAAUAACAACGGAUACCAAAAUAUCCACUACACAUAUGGAAUAUGGAUGUCAUAUGGGAAUAGUCAAUAUUGGGGGAAAAACGAAUAUGUUAAUAACUUUUAUGAGAAUGUUACAACGGACAACCGAUAUGGCAAUAACUUUGAAGGCGCUGAUGAACACCUGAACAACGCUUAUGACAACCGCGAAGAUCAAAAUAUGAACUACGAAUAUGAGAACAAUGCUGAUGACAAUCGUGUGAUGGACUAUCAAUAUAGGAAUGCUUUUGGAACGGAUCACAAAGUAUGGGUUAAAGAUAAAGGUGCUGUCGCUCAUGAGAAUAACAGUCAAUAUUGGGACAAUAACGAAUAUAAAAAUAACAACGAAUAUCAGUAUAACGCUUAUGACAAUGUUGAUACGGUCAACCGAUACGGGAAUAACUAUGAAAGAACUGAUUAUGAAGGAGCUGAGGAAAACCUCAACGAAUAUGGGAACAACGCCUAUGGCAAUGUUGAUUCGGGCAACCGAAACGGGAAUGAAAGGAUUGAAUAUGAAAGAGCUAAUCAAAGCCCGCACACUUAUGAGGACAGUCAAUAUGAAUAUGAGAAUGUGGCAAGUGAUGCUAACGACGACGACAAAGAUCUCGAAGAGCCGAUGACACUUGAAUACGAUUCGUAUUUGCAAGUCAGCUUGCUGCAGCUAGAGGGUGUUAUGCUUCAUAAGGUGUUCCACAUGAUCUACCAAUCGGAGGAUCUGCAUUUCCAACAUCCCAUCAAGAAAAUUAAGUUCGAUGUUCGCCGCCUAAAAGUCAAAACUAAGCGGGCAAUUAUCGAAUACAUAGAGAGUCAAGGGAUGUCAGGAAAGCGUGCUUGUCGAUUAAUGGACCUUGAAAUUAAAAACUGA